UAUGUGUAUAAUAUAAUAUUAUUUGAUAUCGAUAUUGUAUAAUUCUUAUAUAUACGAUGAUGAAUCGUUUUCAAAGACCGUAGUUUUAAUAUUUAUUCUUAUAAUUAAUAAGUAUAAUUUUGUUUCGUCUUAAAACUACUUAGGAUAUGCAUCAACCAAGAGUGAUUAGCGAGAAAUUGACCUAUUUUCCAGAAAGAAAGAUCGGUCAAGAAAGUCACGGCGGUAUUGCGUUUGAGGGUUCAUACGAGGGAAGAAGUGUUGCCAUAAAACGACUUCAACAAGCUAAUGUUAAAUUGGUUCGUAAAGAGAUUGAGAGUCUUAUAAAAUCGGAUGAACACGAAAAUAUUGUGAGAUAUUAUGGUGUGGAACAAGACUUGGAUUUCUUCUACAUAGCUCUACAACGUGGUACUUGCAAUUUGGAUGAUUUUGUAAAAUUGUGUGGUGAUGAAAACAACAAAGAUGAUCCUAAAAGAAAUCUAUUUGGAGAUGAUGAUAUUAAACCACUCACCAAACAUGGUCGACCAACUCAGUUCUUAUUAACAUUGUUGAGUGAUAUUGUUGAAGGAGUUAAAUAUUUACACAAGUUGAACAUAAUACAUCGAAAUUUGAAGCCUCAAGACAUUUUGAUAUUUAAAGGGCCUGGACGUGUUCGUGCAAAGAUUUCUGAUAUGGCCAUAACUAAAUUACUUCCUCAUAAUAUUUAUUCUAUCACCAAUAGUUCAACAGGGUGUGACGCUAAAGAUUGGCAACCAGCUGAACGUCUUGUACCGGGUCAGCACAUAAGCACAGCGGUGGAUAUGUUUAGCAUAGGUUGCAUAUUUUCGUUUUGUAUCACCGAUGGGCGUAGCCACCCCUUCGACACUCAUGAUGGUCGCGAACUUCAUUUGAACAUUAUUGAGAACAAGAUGGAUUUGAAAUUCCUCUCUCAUUUUCCAGAAGCUGAAGAUCUCAUUUCUAAAUUAAUAAGUAAUGAUCCAAAAUCAAGGCCAACUGCAGCUGAUGUGUCGAUUCAUCCAAUGCUUUGGAAAUCAGACACAAGGAUAUCGUUUAUAUAUCAAACAAACAUAAAAGCUAGGGAAGAUUUGAACUCUACAUUUUCACAAGCAUUGAACAACAUUAACAUUGGAAUAAUAAAUUCUAACUGGGAAAAUAUUUUGGAUGAUCUAAUAAAAAAGGAUAUGCAAACACGAAUACAACAACGUUGCAACUAUAAUGUUUCGAGUAUUUUAGACUUGUUGCGACUUCAACGUAACUUGUUCAACCACAAUAAAGAAAAAAAGAUACUCUACCAGGAUUGGAAAUGGGCAGAAUGUGAAGAUUUAGAAUCAUACUUUGCAAACACAUUUCCGAGACUCUUUAUAGAAAUGUACAAAAUCAUUUUCCAAUACCAUAAACAAGAUGAAGACUUUAAGAAAUACUUUGAUGAAAGCCACAAUUUGUAAGAUCAUGAAGAUUGAAACCCUAAA